UUGAAGCAUCAACAAAAACUUAAAAUUAGUCAAGAAAAAAAAACACACAAACUACUACCUUCCGUUUCUUCGACGCCGGCUCAGCUGUCUUCUUCCCUUUCACCGGCUCUCGUACCAGAAAAAGAAAAUCAGGUAACAAGCAGCCCAAAGAAAACAGGGGAGAAAACCUAAUUAUACUUCUAUAUCAAAAUUGCGCCAUAUUCUUCUGCUCUACUCAGAUUUUUGGUCGCUGAUCGAAAUUCAGAGAUAAAUUAAAGCCAAAGAUGGCAGCAAGGAUACUCGCCCAACUUCUUGUGGUGGGUUCUGGGGUGUUAAUUCGGGCGGUUGGUCAAGCUUAUCGUCAAGCUAUUGUCAAUGCCUCAAAAACUGGUGCUGCGCAAGAAGCAAUGCAAAACACCAUUCGUAGAGCAAGUCAGGCUCUUACAGAACAAGAAGCAAGACAGAUACUUGGAGUCCCCGAGAAAGCCGCUUGGGAAGAAAUUUUAAGAAAAUAUGAUGUUUUAUUUGAGAGGAAUGCUAAACAAGGGAGCUUUUACCUCCAAUCGAAGGUACAUAGAGCAAAGGAACAUCUGGAAGAAGUGUAUCGAAAUAAAGGUUAGGGCUAUGCUAGUUAAUUACUCGGUGGGGUCCUCAUUCCUGCAGCCAUUGCUGCUUUGCUCCAGCGUUGAGUCUUAAUCGUUAGAAUGAGAAUAUAUUUUUGAACAACAUUCAUCUCUUGUUGUAACUAGCGCGCUGUAAUUUCCCCCUUCAAUCCGAAAAUUUUGUGGCUACUUCUUGCAUAAAAGUUUUUAGAGUAGUUGCUUUUGAGUGGCCAGAAUAAUUUAUGCACCGUCUUUUUCUCCUUAAAAGUUUAAGAAUGGUGUCUUACAACGAA